AUGUCAGAUUAUUUGUUUCAAGAUGUAAAUAAUCCUUUGCCAAUUAAAGAAGAACCUGAAGAAACAUUGGAUACAGAAUUAAUGAUUCCUGAAGUAAAAAUUAAAAUUGAAAAUACAAUAGCCGCAGAAGUAUUAAUUAAAGAAGAAUCUGAGCAUAAACGAAUUCAUACUGGAGAAAAGCCGUUUUCAUGUGACGUGUGUGGUAAAAGUUUUACUCAACCAAGUACUUUAGUUAAACAUAAACGAAUUCAUAACUCUACGCAAAAGAAAACAUCUAAACGGGUUCAUCACGCACCGAAAGGACAUUAUCCAUGUGAUGUUUGUGAUAAAAUAUUUCUCUAUCAGAGUAAAUUGUUAAUUCAUAAACGAAUCCAUAGUCGAGAACAACAUUUUGCAUGUGAUUUUUGUGGCAAAGCUUUUGCACAAAAAAUCAAUUUAAUUAGUCAUAAAAGAAUUCAUACGGGUGAAAAACCUUUUUCGUGUGAAUAUUGUGGAAAGUGUUUUACGAAUCAAAGUAGUUUAGUCAAUCAUAAACGAAUUCAUACAGGUGAAAAACCGUUUGCAUGUGAAGCUUGUGGAAAAACUUUCGUUCAACGGAGUAAUUUAGUCGAACAUAAACGGAUUCAUUCCGGAGAACGACCUUAUGCAUGUGAAAUAUGUGGUAAAACAUUUACGUUAAAUAGCAAUUUAACGAAACAUAAACGAAUUCAUUUGGGUGAAAAACGAUUUGGUUGUGAUGUGUGUGGAAAAAGAUAUAACCAUCAAGCUAAUUUAAUAAAUCAUCAACGGAUUCAUACGGGUGAAAAACCAUUUUCAUGUGACUUAUGUGACAAAACUUUUAUGUACCAACCGAGUUUAAUUAAUCAUAAACGAUUACAUAAUGGUGAACAUAUUUUUAAGGAUAGAACAUUAGUUAAACGCAGACCAAAUCCAAAUAGUGAAAGGCCAUUUUCAUGUGAUGUUUGUGGGAAAACAUUUGUGCAAAAACAAACGUUAAUCGAACAUAAACGACUUCAUACAGGUGAAAAACCAUUCGCUUGUGAGGUUUGUGGUAAACGAUUUACAAGACAAAGUAGUUUUGUUAAUCAUAAACGAAUUCAUACGGGUGAAAAACCAUUUUCCUGCGAUGUUUGUGGUAAAACAUACACGAAUCAAAGUAGUGUUGUUGAACAUAAACGAACACAUACAGGAGAAAAACCAUUUUCCUGUGAUAUUUGUAGUAAAUCAUUUACGCAACGAAGUAAUUUAGUAGAACAUACACGAAUACAUACUGGAGAAAGACCUUUUCCAUGUAGCAUUUGCGGCAAAUCAUUUAGUUCGAAUAGUAAUUUAACGAAACACAAACGGAUUCACACCGGGGAAAAACCUUUUACGUGUGACGUUUGUAAUAAAACUUUCACUCAUGAAUAUAAUUUAAUUGGUCAUAAACGAAUUCAUGAUGAGCAGCAAACAUUCUCCAAUAUCCAACAAAAUAUUUUGGUUAGUGAAAAACCAAUUCAUACGGGAGAACAACUUUUCUCGAGUGAUGUUUGUGAUGUAACCUUCAGUGAAGGAAAUAGCAGUGCUGGGGAAGCUGAAGACAGUAAAGAACCACUGUCUUCUAGUCCUUUAAUGCAAGCUCCUGAAAGUUCUCAUGCAUCAAUCACAAUCUCCAUUAAAUCUUCUCCUAGUGGAAAUGAUGGCACUCGUCCGAUCUUUGAGGAACCUCCUGAUCCACAGCAUCCCCUUCCUUAUUACAUGUCUAAUAUUCGAUUCCCCGAUUUUCGUGGUGCCGAAGGUACGUUCCCAAUAUGGAUGCGCCAACAAAUGGCAGAAAUUGUACAAAAAACUCAACCCAAAACGGAAAUUGAACCACCCCCCGAAAUUCAAGAAUCUAAACCAAUUAAAAUUGAGGAAAAUAUGUUUUCUUGUGAAUAUUGUGAUGAAAUGUUUUCCGAUAAACCCACUUUAAUUGAACAUAAAAAAAUUCAUGCAGGAGAAAAAUCUUUAACGUGUGAGGUUUGCAGUAAAACAUUUACCACUCAAGCAAAUUUAGCGAAACAUGAACAAGUUCACACUGUGGAGAGACCUUUCUCUUGUGAUGUUUGUGGAAAAGCGUUUAUUAAACGAAGCACUCUAGUUGAACAUCAACGAAUUCAUACUGGAGAAAGACCUUUCUCUUGUGAUCAAUGUGGGAAGACAUUUAGCUCUCGAUGGAAUUUAACGAAGCAUUUACGAAUUCAUACCGGUGAAAAGCCAUUUUCAUGUGACGUAUGUGGUAAAACAUUUGGAUCCAAAUGGAAUUUAACGAAACACAAACGAACCCAUACUGGAGUUAAACCAUAUGCAUGCGAUGUUUGUGAUAAAACAUUUGCCCGAAAACAUAGUUUAAUUGAGCAUAAACGAUUCCAUACCGGGGAACAACUCUUCCCGUGUGAUGUUUGUGAUAAAAUUUUUACACAACAAAUGAGCUUAGCGAAUCACAAACGAAUUCAUACCGGAGAGAAACCAUUUAUUUGUGAUAUCUGUGAUAAAACAUUUAAUCAACAAGGUAGUUUAAUUCAGCAUAGACGUAUUCAUACAGGAGAACAACAGUUCCCAUGUUACGUUUGUAAUAAAACGUUUUCACAGAAAAUAAAUUUAAUUAAUCAUACACGAAUUCAUACGGGGGAAAAACCGUUUGCUUGUGAUUUUUGUGAGAAAACUUUUACCAAUAGAAAUAGUUUAGUUGAACAUAAACGAUUGCAUACGGGUGAAAGACCAUAUUUAUGUGAUGUUUGUGGGAAAUCGUUUACGCAACGUACAAAGUUAGUUGAACAUAGACGAAUUCAUACGGGAGAUAAACCAUAUGCGUGUCAUAUUUGUGAUAAAAGAUUUGCAUUAAAUAGUAACUUAACUAGACAUAAACGAUGUCACACUGGAGAUAAACCUAGAUUUAAAUCGUUAGCAUUUUGCUAAUUAGAUAUUUGCAUGAAUAAAUGUUUAAAUCUAGCGUAUGUCCACAGUAAAGAUAAAAUAUUAUACCGAUCAUGAAAAAAUUAAUAUCGCAUUUCAAUAGGCUUCCUAAAUCUAAGUUUUCUGUUUCUGUGGUCUAGUCGUCUUGAAAAAAGUGGACUACAUAGGCAUUUAAAUUAAUUUUAUGUCCCAAAAACCAUCGCAAGCUAUUCACAGGGUCCUUGAAAACUUUAACAAAUGAAAACAAACAAUUGACUGAGUUAAUUGUUGAAAUACCAUGUAUAGAUAGUGUUGAUUACGCAAUCGUUUAUUUUUUAAAGUCAUGUAAGUAAAUAAAAAUAUCCACUCCUCUUACACACCGGUAUACUCCUAACCUAAUUUGCGCCUUUGUGGGUAAACAGUGAUGUUUACGUAAAAACGUUACAAAGUUAACCAGACUUAAUAAUUUUGUGUAAUUUGUUAUGAAGGUACAAAUACUACGUGGUUGCUCCAUUGUGUCCGUUAAUCCACUGUCCCCCACCUGCUCCCAUACCGUGAAAUUUUUAAAAACCUUAUUUAUAUCCAUACUCUGUAUAUGAGUGAAGUAUGAAUAAAGUGAAUGUCGUAUACAGGUCGUUUUUGUACCAUCUAGGAAUACCAAUAUCAUUAGUAUGACAGAAUACAUGCCUUAAGGCAUGCAUCUAAGUGAGAGGUAUUAUAUAUAUGUGUAUAUCAAUUAAUAAUAUUUGUAUGCAACAAA